UGUAAAUCGUGAAGAUGAAAAAUCUUCGCACACCAUGUAGUUUGGUCGCCAACACCAGUGUCCUUUGCUUUUGGAAACAAUAUAUGAUUGGGAGCUGACCCCUCAUCUGCGUGCUGCGAUUCCUCGAAGGAAUUCAUGUCUUUUUACAGUGAGCCUCCUGUACUCAGCGAACUACGUACAUCGUGCCACCUUUGAAGUCGAAGUCGAUGUCGAAUCUAAUGCCUGCGUAAGAGUAGCCCCCCCCUGCUCGAAGCUGCGACCUGAUGUAGUUGUUCCAUCUCCGGGCUUGUACUCAAAAUCUACCAGUAAAACCUCAAUCUUCAUCGACGACACAGAAACAUGUCGGGCCCCCAGCUCUCCGCGGUUUCUCUGGAUGAUUUCGCGAACAACAGCGACGAUAGCAGCGACAAGGAUUCGGGUUUGUCGGAUGUUGAAAAUGAAGACAGCAGGGAACAACGGCGUGGUCCAUUUCAAGGCAUCAAUAAGGGAAAGAAAAAUAAAACAGGACCUGGAUGUUGCAACAAAUUGGAUAAAAAGGCCACGAAAAAACAAACCCCUGACGCGGAAGAAGAUCCUCUCCUCGAGCUGUACAAGGAUGCGAUAGACCGCUGGCAAGUGGACACGGAGAACCACAACCCAAAAACAUCCGCUAUGGGGCCCUCAAUUGUUACAUUCCCAACUGUCACAUGAAUUUGUAAUGCAAGAAUAGCAAAAGUCAAAGGGGGACAAUUGCACCUCUAGCAUUACAAAUUCCGCACAGAUUUCGGUGCUGCUUAGCCCUUCGCACAUUUACCAUGCGAAGCAGCUUGAUCGCGUGGAUGAUAAUGGUAGCUUUGCAUGACAAAUUCAUGUAACAGCUGAGAGUGUAACGCUUGAGAGUCCCAUAUCCGCGACCGCCUUUCCGAAAUGCUACUACCUCGAAUCGAAGACGAAACAGCUAUUCAUCUGGGACCAGAACUCCGGGGUUUUGUUUCAAUUCGAGAAAGAAACGCAGGAUGUGAUGCCCAUCUGGCAGAGCGGAAAUGCCGCGGUGAACGCGGAAAUUUGGACACGGAUACCAAUUCCGCCGACUGACGCGAAUUACGGGGCGACAAAUCAUCAAUUAUCCUCAGGAGUAGAGCAGGCGAAUCUGUUGAAUCAACAGCAGCAAGGGGCCGCAGGUAUAAUCGGGAAAAAUGCAGCGUUAUCUGGAGCAGCAGGACUUCCUGAUCAGCAAGACGAUUCGGCCGCCACCUCCAGCGCCGCAGACUGGCUGCGGAAAAGGAAACAAGAACAGGAAGCGAAGCUGGCGGCGGAUGAAAAGGAGAAGAUCAAGAACAAAUACGUGAGUCAGAAAGAUUUGGAAAAGUUUUACAACAAAACGCCAACAGGUUCAAACCCAAUAACAAUAACAAAGAACCACGGCGCGACUGCAUCUUCCCGAAAUAAGAGAAGGUCUGCCGAUGAAAUGAGCCGGCAGGCAGGCGAAGCAGUCGUGGAAGCGCUCGGUAUUGAAAUCGGCGAAGCGGACCCGACUAUUCCGAUUGAGAAGGAAGAGGAAGUACUCGACGAUGAGGAUCUUCUUCCCGGCCAAGCCGGCAUGCCGUUCAUCCUGACUGGGGAGCCAGUGCAGUUUGGGACCACGUCGGGGACAAGAAGCCCAAGCGCUGCUAGAAGUGUCGACGACCGGCGAGGACCGGAACACAUGAAUGAUCCCAACGACGAGCAAAACCGGAAAUUUGUGGAGGACCAGGCUAGCAAACAGAAGUGGACACCGGAAGUCAGGAACGAGCUUAAAAAGCUGCCGAGUUAUCUAGCACGAUUUGUUGUCGAAAAGCACUUGAAACAGAUCGAACAGCGGCAGCAGAAAAACUACCACAACAGUCAAACUUCUUUGAAAGCAAAGAGCGACCUGUUUCUCGCAGAGCUGGAAACUUGCAGGGAGGAAGCACCGUUUCUUUUCUUCCCGAAUCAUGGUAGCAGCGGUGGCGUUCUUGCGGGCAGGUAUAAGAACAACCGGGUCGGCGGGAAGAAUUCUAACGGGGUGUACCAAAACGGCUCGGUGUUGAUAGGCUCCAUGCUCUUGCCGGAGUUGCAGUACUCGAAAUUGCCGAGAUUGGUGUUGCGAGUAGACGUGUCUGCGAGGGAUGGAAGUGUGAGAUUGAAGAACUUUGUCGCAGGAGCUGCAUCAUCUAGUACUUCUGCGAGAAGCAGCAGUCGGACGGGUGCUGAUAGAAGGAAGAAAACCUCCCCUGGAGCUGCAGGUGGAAGGAGCAGCAAAAGCAGGACUAAGAAAAACAAGAUUAAGCAAACCAUCGUAGAGGUAGACGAAGACGAAAGCGAGGACAAAAGCGAGAAUGCUGGGAGCGACGAGUCUUUCAGUGACGACGAGGAAAAAGAAGCUCAAGAACUACAGAGGAUACGAAGUUUGUUCGAAAUCCGGGUCAACGACAAAGUUGUCGACUUCGACGACACUUCUAAAACGACGGAGGUGGUGCUCGGGCAAGCAGUAGAGCAGACGCAGAGCUCGUCAAGAACAUCAAAUCGGAAAAAAGACGGUGACGCAGUACUACAGCACAGUAAAGCGAAUCUACAACAAAACACCUCCUUCACCCUCCAGAUCGGAAAUUAUUUGAGGCUACGCUUCUCCAAAUGGCAGGGGAAUCUGAUGGAGUACCUGCUUGCGCCGGCGAAAAAAUCUUCAGGAGCCACUUCGUCCUCUUCUUCAGCAGCUGCUCCUCCGUACAACGCCGGUGUAGGAGGAGCUUCUGGCAGCUCAAGAACAUCUGCGUCGACCACAACGAUGACAUCAAGCUCCUCGUCCUACCUCGCCGAACUUUCUGCGAAAGCGGAACAACUCCGGGACAAGGUGCAGGAGAAGCUGAAAGCGGAAAAGUUGGUAAAGGGAGGAGAUAGGAGAAGUGGUUCCGAAGAUGAAUCCGACGAGGAUGCAGCUGGGGACUUGACGGGAAAUAGAAGCAGGAUAAAAGCCAAACGACAAAAGUUGGGUCAGCAGCAGCAGCUCACUCUAGCGGGGCAGCAGCAGCAGAGACGGGAAGGUGGGAAAAAGUACAAAACGAAGGAGGAAGAUUUGUCGAGCUUGAUUGCCCGGAAAACGCUAGGGGAGGAGAGAGGGGUGUUUUUUUGAAAGCGAAAGAUUUCCGUAGCAGUGGAAAAUUGCUGCUUAUUUGCGUGCGUCUGCAAUGACGGUGACACGACUUUUGAUGGAAACUCACUGGAAAGUUCUUUUUGUGUGCUGGGUUACCUUUUGCGCCCGCCACGACAUUUUUCUACAAACAAUGACUGUCCAUGGCAGACGAGAGCUGAUGAAUUAGUGUGCGCCGGAAGAAGUUUCAAUAUGCUGCUGAAU